AUGACCCCCGCGGCCGUCACGACCAACCUCCUCCGCGCCUCCGCCCAGUCCUUCACGCCCACGACCACGUCGCCCUCACAGCCGGCGUCCGGCCGCGCGGCUGACCCCGCCCGAAGCAAGCGGACGCGCAAGCCGCGUGCCGCACCGGCCGCGGCCGCAGGUAGCCCCCCGGCGGCCAAGCAAGAGGCCAAGCCAGCUCGGAAGCGCCAGCCUAAGGCAAGUACGGGCCCGACGAAUCCGACGCCGAUACCAGCGCCGGCGGCGACCGCCGAGGCGGCGCCAGCCAAGGCCAAGGCGCCCGUGGCCGCACCGGCGCCGACGACGGCCACCGCAACGACGACGACGACGAACGAAGACGACGGCGAGGACGAGUGCUGCCUCGUGUGCGCCGAGCCGUUCACGUACCACGCGAUCGGCGAGUGCAACCACGCGGGCAUCUGCUCGUUGUGCUCGAUGCGCAUGCGACUGCUCAUGAAGGACAAGCAGUGCCCGAUCUGCAAGCAAACCAACGACCGCGUCAUCGUGACCAAGGUCGUCGCGCCCUACGCGAGCUUUGGCAUUUGGGGCGAGACGGGCGGGCCGGGCGUCACGCUCGACGAGAAGGCCGAGAUGUUUUUCAGCCAGUGCGACGACCACCACGCCGAGCUCAUUGCGCUGCGCACGCUGCAGUGUCGCCACUGCCACGCCAAGGUCUUCAAGACGCCCGAAGAGUUUGCCGCGCACAUGCACAGCGCGCACAAGCUGUCGUUCUGCGAGCUCUGCCUCUCGCACCAGCAUUUCUUCGCCCACGAGCAGCCGCUGUACACGAAAGGCCAGCUCAAGGCCCACAACUCGCAGAUCAACCGGCAGCACUCGACCCAGAAGUUCCGCGAGUACCACCCGAACUGCGAGUUUUGCCUCCGUCGCUUCUACUCAGACGUCGAGCUCCACACGCAUCUGGAGCAGGACCACUUCAAGUGCCACCUCUGCAACGCCGGCCACCGCUACUACCGCAACUACAUUGGCCUCGAGUCGCACUUUCGCAAGCAGCACCACCUCUGCGAACACCCCACCUGUCUGGGGAACCGGUUUGUGGUGUUUGGCGACGAACUCGAGUACCAGAACCAUGUCUUUGGCUUGCACGGCGACGACACGCGCUUCCUCGCGCACGACGGCGACGACGACGACGACGACGCGCUCAUCAACCCGACGGCCGUCACGACCGAAGGCGCGACGCGGCUCGAGUUUCUCCGUCGCACCGACGUCGUCGUGUCGGACGACGACGACGACGACAAGACGGUGGACGCCACGCCGUCGCAUGCCUAA